AUGGUCAUCUGUCAAGGGUGCUUCGAUAACCUGUUUGCCUGCACGCCGUUCGAGCAUGAGAUGAUACCAUACACGGUUCCUGCAAACGGCAACGACUUCUCCUGCGACACGCACCACGCGACCUUGUCCAACGCCAUGCUAAUGGCUGUCUACAUGACAGGCAACUUCAACACGUUCUGGAACACGGCCGCGGCGCACCUCGCAACCCUGACCAAACAGCUGCCAAAGACGUUUUACACGCUGUCCGGACCGCCGUCCAACUUUGACGUGUGCGAGACAUGCCUGCUGGGCUAUGUCGUACCGCUCGGCAUGCAAGGCUUCUUCGUGCAGCAGCCCAACGCGGCUUCAUGCGACAUGUGCCCCGAAGCCCCGCGCCGACGCGCGUUCCACGUGCGCAUGUUGGACGCCUAUCUCCAGACCAACUUUCGCCCGUUCGGCGCCUUCGCACGCAAGAUCGCACAAUAUCCUGCUUGUCCACGAAGGGAACCGCGCAAGAACGGGACUUGGUAUGCCAUUUCACCGACAUGCCACGUGUGCCCAGAGUGCUGGAUCAAUUGGGCCUCCAUCACCCCGCUCGGCAAGACCACCAACAUCCAACCGAUACAAAAGUCCGAGAGCAUCAUCUGCUGCCUAUGGUCGCCGCGCAUGCGCAACCUCUGGCUUGCGGGAGACCUGGCAGACUUCAAGACAUUCGCAGCGCACCGCGAACAGGUGUACAUCAAGACGUGGUUGAAGUUCAAGAUGGACCUGGAGAUGAACACGAUCAAGGCGGCGCAAGCGGCGAGCAUGGGCGUCAACGGGGUCAUUCUGGCUGGCUCGUACGCGACAGCUGGCGCCACACAGUACGGCAACAGCAGCAUCGGGUGGUACGACAGCAGCGCCCAGGCCUCGGGCCAGCAGAUGAUCAAGCAGAGCAACCAGAUGUGGUCGGAAGUGGCUCAGGGGAACACUGGCCACGCGGCGUUGAUACAGUUGUGGACGACGGUCGAGUAG